CAUGGGAGUCGCUUCAUUUCAUUUGAAUAUAAAGAUUUCUAUCUACCUCUCUCUCUCUCUCUCUCUCUCUCUCUCUCCCCUAGGCUUCAUCUUUUUGGAACUGCUGCACCUUUGACAUGGGAGAAGCUGAAGAAGUGCAACUUCAAAUUAUGGUUCAGGAAGCUAAAGAAGAAAAUUCACUUGAGUCUGCAAGUAUCACCAACCAGUCAACACUGCCACAAAGAAGAAACUACAAUUGGUGGUUCCGAAUAUCGCUCUAUAUACUCUUUCUCCUCUUUGGUCAGUCAGUGGCUCUUAUAUUGGGAAGGCAGUAUUUUGUUAGAGGUGGAAACAGCAAAUGGAUAGCAACACUAGUGCAACUUGUUGGCUUCCCAAUUCUCAUUCCCUACUACUUCAUUGUAAAACUCAAAAACCCGAGCGCAAAUGAUAUUCACACAAAACCACCAUCUGCCUUGACUCUCACAGCGAUCUAUGUAUCACUUGGCCUACUGGUAGCAGCAGACUGCUAUCUGUAUUCAAUUGGGUUACAGUACCUUCCUGUAUCCACCUAUACCCUUAUAUGUGCAUCUCAGUUAGCCUUCAAUUCUUUUUUCUCCUUUUUCCUUAAUUCCCAGAAGUUCACUCCAUUUAUAAUCAAUUCUCUAGUCAUUCUAACCAUCUCUUCUGUCCUCCUGGUGUUCAAUAACGAGUCUGCAGACCCUGCUGGAGUCUCUAAAGUGAAGUAUGCAAUCGGUUUCAUAUGCACUGUAGCUGCUUCGGCUGGAUACGGACUGGUGCUGUCAUUGACACAGCUUUGCUUCAAGAAGGUUCUGAAAAGACAAACAUUUAAGGUAGUCAUGGACAUGAUAAUCUUUCAGGAAAUAGUUGCAACUGCCAUUACCAUGAUUGGACUUUUCGCUAGCCAAGAGUGGAAUGGUUUAACAAGAGAGAUGAAUGAGUAUCAGUUGGGAAAGGUGUCCUAUGUCAUGAAUUUAGUAUGGACUUCUAUUGCUUGGCAGGUGUUUGCCAUUGGAUGUGUUGGAUUGAUUUUUGAGGUAUCCUCCCUCUUUUCCAAUGCCAUAAGUGUCUUAGGCUUGCCUAUUGUUCCAGUCCUAGCUGUGUUCGUUUUCCAUGACAAAAUGGAUGGUAUAAAGGCAAUUUCCAUGCUGCUGGCUGUCUGGGGCUUCCUCUCCUACAUCUAUCAGCACUACCUUGAUGAUCGUAAAUCCAAGGCCGAAAACAAAAAUGUCAUUGAGGUUUCUAAAGCAUCUCAUACUGGAACCUCAAGGAAUGAUUAGGAUGGGAGUCUGCAGAUUGAUAUUUGAUAGCUCUUCCUGGAGUUGAAGAAUUCUUUCCUAAAGGAUUCACGAACCUAUUGCAGACAACUGUAGAAUGUAGUUAAACAUAACAGAAUGCAAUCAAAUAAAAAUUCAAUGAAACAAAGAAAGUUCCAUUA